UUUUUUUUUUGAUAACGACUGCCGGGCAACAUCGCAGGGCGCGCUGUACACGCGCGUACUACUCACCUGUUGCAGGAGGACCACGAAGGGCAGCGAAGGGCGACGACCAUGCUGCGCUCGGUGGCACGCACUCUGCCGCGUGUCGCGGCCGCGAGGCCGUCUUGUCGGGCUGCCUCCUCAGCGAAACGCUUUGACCACCGGGAUGCCUUCUUGCUGGAAGAGCAGCUUACCGAGGAGGAGCGCUUGGUGCGAGACACGGUGCGUGACUACUGCCAGGCACGGCUGCAGCCGCGCGUGCUUCUGGCCAACCGGCAUGAGACCUUCGACCGGGAUGUAGUUUAUGAGCUGGGAGAGCUGGGUGUACUGGGCAGCACCUUGCAGGGAUACGGCUGCGCAGGCACCUCCUACGUUGCUUACGGCCUCACUGCCCGUGAAGUCGAGAGGGUGGACAGUGCCUAUCGCUCGACCAUGAGCGUGCAGUCCUCCUUGGUGAUGCUGCCCAUCUACCUGUUCGGCACAGAGGAGCAGAAGCAGAAGUACCUGCCCAGGCUGGCACGAGGCGAGCUGCUGGGCUGCUUCGGUCUCACCGAGCCCAACCAUGGCAGCAACCCAGGGGGCCUGGAGACCCGUGCUCGGCAUGACCCUGCUGCACGCACCUACACACUCAAUGGUUCAAAGACCUGGAUCACCAACUCACCUGAAGCCGAUGUGUUUGUGGUGUGGGCCAAAUGUGAGGAGGAUGGCAUCAUCCGGGCCUUUGUGCUUGAGAAGGGCACCCCGGGGCUGACAGCGCCACGCAUUGAGGGCAAGUUCUCGUUGCGUGCCUCGGCCACCGGCAUGAUCAUCAUGGAGGAGGUCACCGUGCCGGAGGACGCCCUCUUGCCAGCAUCACGGGGCCUCAAGUCUACAUUCCAGUGCCUGACGAGCGCCCGAUAUGGCAUCUCCUGGGGGGCCCUGGGUGCAGCCGAGUUCUGCCUUGAGACAGCACGACAGUACACUCUUGACCGGCAUCAGUUUGGGCGGCCCCUAGCAUCUAACCAGCUGGUGCAGAAGAAGCUGGCUGACAUGCUAACCGAGAUCUCUUUGGGGCUGCAGGCCUGCCUACGCGUGGGUCGCCUCUUUGACCAGGGAAGCCUCUGCCCGGAGAUGGUGUCGCUGGUAAAGCGCAACUCAUGUGGCAAAGCCCUGGACAUUGCCCGCACUGCCCGUGACAUGUUGGGUGGCAAUGGCAUUAGUGACGAGUACCACAUCAUCCGCCAUGUGAUGAACCUUGAAGCAGUCAACACGUAUGAAGGAACCCACGACGUGCAUGCACUGAUCCUGGGAAGAGCCAUCACGGGAAUUCAAGCAUUCUCAACAGAUUGACUGGGAAGACACAUUUCUUGAUGAGUGCUGUGCAGUAAAGCUUAUUUUUACUCAACUAAAGCCCAUUUUACUUGGUACAGUUCAGUGUUGUUGUGAUGAAGCGCAGCUUGAGCAUGGACGGAAUUCAGCAGAUUGCGAGCGUUAUCUAUUAUGAGGAAAUUUACAGCACUACAUGGCAAAGUACUACAGAGAUGGGACAAACGCUUGAGUGCAUGCAGAAUGGAACCAUAGUAUGUGGGGCUUUGAAACACUAGCUUCUUUAUUUUUCACCAUGUAUUUUGUUAGGUGUGCAAGUAUGAACUGAUCGUGUUACCACUAGAUGAGUAUUUUACAUUGAUAAUCUAGCCACAAGGUCAAGCCCCUGGCAUUUUCAUUGUCACUAGUUAUCAACAUCAUUUAGUGACAGGCGUCAUGUGUAGCAACAUGAUCAUACAGCCUCAGUAUUAAUAUUCUUAACGAAUUUAAAUGUGUUUAGUUCCCACAAGAGGUUUCCACAGUGCCUUUGUAUGUUAUAUCCAUUACUUCAUUGUAACGAUUGUGUGCCUUACGACCAAAUUCGCCCACAGGUGAUGAGUUACCACUAAGCAAGCUACAGCGCAUUGCGAAAGAUUGUUUCCUGCCUCAUCUCAACACUUUCUGAGUUUGCCGAAGGGCACAGCUCAAAGCCUCUGAUUUCAUGGAAUGCUCAUUGCUGCAGACAAAGGACACAUAAAAAUGUUCUUUACAACAAAAAGGCAGUUUUUUUUUAUGUUGGUGUCCUGCAAUGAGCAUUGCAUGAAAUUAUUUAUUUAUUUAUACAUACUGCAGCGCAAUUUGCGCUAUAGCAGGAGUGGGUUAAGAAAAGGUACAGAAAAUGCAUUGGAGUAUACAGCGGUAAACACAAGUGAACACUUUUAAAGAGCACUGAUGAAAGGAAAAUACACAAAUAAACACAAGUGAACACUUUUACAAAAGAGCACUGAUGAAAGAAAAAUACACAAGAAGUUACACAAAUGCUGCCAGGCAUGGGUGAGCACGAUUAUGCAUCUGGGAUGAGCAUCAGCGAAUGGACCGAGGCAAUGAAUUCCAGUCUUCGAUUGAGCGGAGAAAAAAGCUGAAUUUGAACAUGUUAGUACGUGCGUAGUCGGGUAUCAAAUUUAGGUCAUGAUGUCUUCUCGUUGAUGACCCCGGUGCGAAGUUAAUGUAGUUAUCAUUUGAGAGCCUAACUAAAGAAUUGACAAUGCAGUGCAAGAAUUUUAAUGAUUCGACACGGCGACGAGAAGAGAGAGUGUUUAGGUUCAAGGAAGAAAGUGUUGAAGAGGGCGAAAAGUCGCGAUCGUAACGAUGACAUAUAAAUCUCGCAGCUUUUUUCUGUACAGCUUCUAGUUUAUUAAUCUCUAACUGCUUAUGCGGGCUCCAAACUACAGGUGCAUAAUCAAGAACAGGGCGGAUUAGAGAUUUAUGCAUUAGUAACUUAGUAAAAUCAGUACAGUGCUCUGAAAUGCGCUUUCCUGCAAGGUAGCAAUUAAGGGCUUGAUGACGCCCCUCGAAAUUAGUUGAUCCAGAGCAUUUUUAAGCCCACCUCAGAUGUCUACCAUUGUGCUGUUUGCAACUGCUGUAAUCAUUCCAGAAAUCGCUGUUACAUUUCCAAGAGGUACAAAAGGAGGGCUUCUUUGAUUCAUGAAGAUUAAACGGGACAAGUGGCAGCCAACGAAUGUGUGCAGUGUUAGUACUGCAUAUUGUUUCUUUGAAAUCAUUGUAAUCACAAGCGAAAAUUCAUGGAAAUUAUUUGGAAUAAAAAGUUGGUUUUGUGAGUG